AUGAAGAAAGGCACAACACCAAAGAAGUCAAGUGUGAAUCGAAGCAAAAAAGAUCGAAGUGAAUACUAUAAAACGAACAGUAAUGAGGAGCAGCCGAAAAAAGGCAGUGGGUUGGACAAAAACACGAAGAAAAAAACGUCAAAGUGGGAGAAUUGGCACCGAAUUUGGAGCAUUUUGACACCAAACAUGCCUAUUUCAGGACCACUGAGACACCCGUUAAAUCCAACACACCUGCGGAACCCAAAAAAGGGGAGAAGAAGAGGUUGAGUGCGGAAAAGGCAGCGGAAAGGGUUGCCGCGCGGCCUGGAACCCCAAGCAAAACUGAAGAGAAGGAAAAAGAGAAAGAGAAAGAAGUUCAGAAAAAAGAAGAGGAAAAACCGAAGGAGGAAAAGAAGGAGAAAAGGAAAAGAAGACACCGAGUAGAGAGGAAAAGGUAGGCCUGAAAAUGAGCCUAAAGCUAGGCCUUACUGGACUUGAAUAUGGGCCUAAAGAUGAGCCUAAAGCUAGGUCUGAAUUUGGCCUAAGCUAAAUUGAAGUAAGGACUUUUUAGUGUAAAAAUUUGGAAAUUUUCAAGAAUUUAAGCAGCCUAAAUGAGGACCUAAAGUUGAUGUUAAGUGAGCUUAAAUAAGAGCCUAAAUGAGCCUUGAACGGGCCUAAAUAAAAGCCUAAAGUAGCCUAAAUCCCUUUUUCCAGAAAAUCACAUCAUUGGGCCGAUCUGCCAACAAAAAAGAGCCGCAAAGUAUCUCGAAAGAUCCGGAAGACCAAAACCAGAAAAAACCGGUCAAAAUGGACGAUGGAUAUGAGGAUUUUGGGCCGGGAGCAUAA